AUGAGCAAUGAACAGCAGGAACAUAAUGGCCAAGCUUCGUCAUCGAAGCCCUCCAAGCCUCGAGCUCGUCUAGGCGAGACUCAGGUGGUCAUUCUCCCGAAUUCGGACUCGGAAGACGACGAAGAGGAUGGAGAAGAGGGACAGUACCACGAUGGCGAGGUUCAGAGUGCACCGAAAAGCUUUGCGUCGGAUAUCGAGGACCUUCAACUUCAACAUCUUCGAUUAAAGACUCCUACGUUGUGCGAUUUCGAUUUGUCUCAAUACAAGUCGUUGAAGACAAUCUGUUUGAGACAGAAUGAAAUCAGUUCGCCAAUCCCUCCCGAGGCAUUCCAAGGGUUGGAAAACCUCGUCGAGUUGGAUUUAUACGACAAUCGUCUGGGUCCAAGUGUAGAAGAUGAAGAACUGGCAGGUUGUUCGAAUGUGACAUCCCUCGAUCUGUCAUUCAACAAUAUCCGUCAUGUCCCCAAUCUCCCUUCCAUGACGAAAGUUGAGACGCUCUACCUCGUACAGAACAAGAUCAAAGCUGUCGAGUCCGGCGAUUUGGACUGGGCAAAAGACACGUUGAAGAGCUUGGAAUUGGGAGGCAACAGAAUACGAGCCAUCGAGAACGUUGAGCAUUUAAUCCGCCUGGAGGAGCUAUGGUUGGGAAAAAACAAGAUCAGAUCUCUCGAGUGCCUCUCAACCUUUGCAAAUCUCAAGAUCCUCUCCAUUCAAUCAAAUCGAAUCACCCGCAUCGAAAACUUGGAGGGUCUCGUCAAUCUUGAGGAACUCUAUCUCUCACAUAACGGGCUCAAGAAGAUUGAGAACCUCGAGAAGAAUGUGAAACUACGGACUUUGGACGUGGGGAAUAAUAUGAUAUCCACAAUUGAGAAUAUCUCUCAUUUGUCCGCUCUGGAGGAGUUCUGGGCAAGCUACAACGAGAUCGCCGACUUACGGGCUCUUGAUACUCAAUUGGCUCAUCUUGAACACCUCGAAACGGUCUAUCUCGAAGGCAACCCAUGUCAGAUGAAAGAUAUGACCGGCUAUCGUCGAAAGGUCAUCUUGGCACUGCCCCAAGUCAAGCAGAUCGACGCGACGUAA